AUGGCUACUAAGUACUCAAUCUUCUCGCAUCAAUUCUUCGUCGCAGGGUCCCGAGAAAGUUUGGAUUUGCGAAGGUCACGUGCGACUUUCAUGAAUUUUUCAUCAUCGACGCCUCGCAUUUCCGAAAACCUGCAAGUUCGAGCCGAGACUUUUUGCUGUACCUCGUCGACGUCGACAUUGCGCCAGUCACGGAAAUCGUUUUUUUCGUCGAGUAGUACGCACUCUACCGUGUCGUCGCCAUUGCCACAAGAUAUUCAUAUCCAGGGCUGGAUGUACUGGGCUCGUCGAGAAGACUCGCUUGAAGCAGAGCGAUAUACUAAAGUCUACGCAGUGUUACGCAAUGAAUUUUUGCUGCUUUAUCGCAAUAAUCAACGUCCGUCCAAGAAGAAACAACCCCAGCCGCUGGUGCAAAUUGCAGUCGCGAGUUCUUGGCGUAGCGUAGAGGGCGUGUUGCAUGUGGAGGACCCAUACGGAGAAGAAAUGGAGUUGCAUUUAUAUGAGCGACAGGACUUGGAUAUGCAUCGACGAUGGGGUGACGCUCUGGAACAGGCUGCAGAAUUGACGCACUCUCAUUUCGCUAACUUUGACGUCAAAGUAGACGAUCUAUCCCGUAGCAGCGUAUAUCGAGGCACCCUCCACGACUUUCGCUUGGGUCGAGAAAGCUCGAUAAGGAGGUCUGUCACGGCGAUCAAACAGUCGAAAAGCUGGAAUUCUUUUCGAACGUUCAUUCCUGCGCAAAUGUCAAAACAUUCUCGAUCGUCAUCGACAUCGAAUAUGUAA